UCUCAGUCUCAAUCUUUCUCUUUUUUCCUCAAUGUUCCUAUCUUCUAAUUAUAGGGAUGGUCAAUGUCCUGAAUACAAUGGGGAGGAACAAGCUAUUUGUGCUGUUGGCCUUGCCAAAUGUAAAGCUGGCGUCUUCAUUGAAGCUAUACAAUAUCUUUUGAUAUUAGCAACUCCUGUUGAGUUGAUUCUUGUGGGAGUAUGCUGCUCUGGAGGGGCUGAUGGUACUGAUCCUUAUUCAGAAAUUUCCUUGCAGCCCUUGCCUGAAUAUUCAAUACCCUCUGAUGGAGUUACAAUGACUUGUAUUGCAUGUACGGAUAAGGGUCGUAUCUUCAUGGCUGGCCGUGAUGGCCACAUCUAUGAGUUGCUUUACACAACUGGCUCGGGCUGGCAUAAGUGCUGUCGUAAAGUGUGCCUGACUGCAGGUGUAGGUAGUCUGAUCUCAAGAUGGAUAAUACCAAAUAUGUUUAAGUUUGGAGCUGUAGAUCCCAUUGUUGAAAUGGUUGUAGAUAAUGAAAGACAAAUUUUGUAUGCAAGAACUGAAGAGAUGAAAAUCCAGGUUUAUGUCCUGGGUCUAAGUGGAGAUGGUCCCUUGAAGAAAGUAGCAGAAGAAAGGAAUAUGUUGAAUCUGAAAGAUCCACAUUAUGGAAGUAGACAAGCAACAGCAUCAAGAGCUCCAAGAUCAGCAAAGCCAUCUAUUGUUUGCAUUUCUCCUUUAUCAAUGCUGGAAUCAAAGUGGCUCCACCUUGUUGCUGUUCUAUCAGAUGGCAGGAGGAUGUACUUUUCUACCUCUUCAUCUAGUGGAAAUAGUGGUGCCAUUGGAGGUUUAAGCGGAUUCAACAAUCAUCAUCAGAGGCCAAGCUGUUUAAAAGUUGUAACAACUCGGCCUUCCCCACCUUUGGGGGUCAGUGGUGGACUUUCAUUUGGAGCCAUAUCACUAGCUGGUAGAACUCAGACUGAGGAUUUGUCUUUGAAGGUUGAAACAGCCUACUGUUCUGCUGGAACUCUUGUCCUUUCUGAUUCAUCUCCUCCAACCAUGUCUUCUCUUCUCAUUGUGAGCAAGGAUUCAAGCUCGCAAUCAUCUCUCUCAGGUAGUUUAGGGACAUCAGCUAGGAGUUCUAGGGCAUUAAGAGAAUGUGUCUCUUCCUUGCCUGUUGGAGGCCGAAUGCUUUUUGUGGCAAAUGUUUAUCCCUUACCAGAUACAGCUGCUAUUGUGCAAUCACUAUAUUCUGAGAUUGAAUUCUGUGGAUUUGAAAGCUCAGUGAAGUCUUGUGAAAUGGUCUCAGGAAAGCUGUGGGCUAGAGGUGACCUUUCAACGCAACAUAUAUUGCCAAGGAGGAGAAUUGUUAUUUUCAGUACCAUGGGCAUGAUGGAAGUGGUAUUUAACAGGCCUGUUGAUAUUCUGAGAAGAUUGCUUGAGUCCAACUCUCCAAGAUCAAUAUUGGAAGAUUUCUUUAAUCGUUUUGGAGCUGGUGAGGCAGCUGCAAUGUGUCUGAUGCUAGCUGCAAGGAUAGUUCACACUGAACAUCUUAUAACCAAUCUUGUUGCCGAGAAGGCAGCUGAGGCUUUUGAGGAUCCAAGAAUUGUUGGAAUGCCCCAACUUGAAGGUAGCAGUGGAUUGUCAAACACUAGAACAGCAGCAGGGGGUUUCAGCAUGGGGCAAGUUGUCCAGGAGUCUGAGCCUGUGUUCUCAGGUGCUCAUGAAGGGCUCUGCCUUUGCUCAUCAAGAUUGCUUUUGCCUCUUUGGGAGGUCCCUGUCAUGUUUAUCAGAGGAGGCACUUAUGAUUCUGCAGCAGAAAAUAUGGUUAUAGCUUGCAGAUUUUCUGCUGGGGCCAUGCAAGUCCUUGAGAACAAGAUUCGUGCUUUGGAAACGUUCUUAAGGUCUAGGAGGAACCAAAGAAGGGGGCUGUAUGGCUCUGUAGCUGGUUUAGGAGACUUAACUGGCUCCAUUCUGUAUGGAACUGGUUCAGAAUUAGGUGCUAGUGAUAGGAGUAUGAUGAGGAACUUAUUUGGUGCAUACACACGGAACAGUGACUCAAAUGGUGAUGGGACUUCAAAUAAAAGGCAGCGAUUGCCAUAUAGUCCUACAGAGUUGGCUGCCAUGGAGGUGAGGGCAAUGGAAUGCAUCAGACAAUUGCUUCUUAGAUCUGCUGAAGCUUUGUUUUUGCUUCAGCUUCUUUGUCAGCAUAAUAUAACACGCUUGCUUCAAGGGUUUGAUGCUAAUUUAAGCCAGGCACUGAUUAAAUUGACAUUCCAUCAACUUGUUUGUUCAGAGGAGGGUGACCAACUUGCUACAAGACUAAUUGCUGCUCUUAUGGAGUAUUAUACUGGCCCUGAUGGUAGAGGCACAGUUGAUGAUAUCAGUGGAAGAUUGCGUGAGGGAUGUCCAAGUUAUUUCAAGGAGUCUGAUUAUAAGUUUUUCUUAGCUGUGGAAUGCCUUGAAAGAGCUGCUGUAAUUUUAGACCCUGAGGAGAGGGAAAAUCUUGCUAGGGAAGCCUUCAAUUUCUUGAGCAAAGUUCCAGAAUCUGCUGACUUAAAAACUGUUUGCAAACGGUUUGAGGACCUAAGAUUUUAUGAAGGUGUAGUACGCUUACCUUUGCAAAAGGCACAGGCAAUUGACUGUGCUGGGGAUGCUUUAAAUGAACAAACUGAUCCUGCCAUUCGUGAACAAGCAGUCACUCAGCGUGAACAGUGCUAUGAGAUUGUUGCUAGUGCUUUGCGUUCUCUAAAAGGUGAGUCUUCACAGAAGGAAUUUGGCUUGCCUGCUAGGCCUGCUGCUGCUCGAUCUGCCCUUGACCCUGUCUCAAGGAAAAAAUACGUAUGUCAGAUUGUUCAGCUUGGUGUUCAAUCACCUGACAGAUUAUUUCACGAAUACCUUUAUAAAACAUUGAUUGAUUUGGGCCUUGAAGAUGAGCUUUUGGAGUAUGGAGGUCCUGAUUUGGUGCCUUUUCUACAAACUGCUGGUCGUGAACCUGUACAAGAGGUGCGAGCACUUUCUUCAGUAAUAUCAGCUUCCCCUCAAAUGGGCCAAUCAGGAUCAUCUAUCCAUUCUAAUCAAGCAAAAUACUUUGAUCUUUUGGCAAGGUAUUAUGUCUUGAAGAGGCAGCAUCUACUUGCAGCUCAUGUGCUAUUGAGGCUGGCUGAGAGGCGCUCAACUGAUGGGGGCAGUACUCCUAUGCUUGAACAGAGGCGCCAGUACCUAAGUAAUGCUGUUCUCCAGGCCAAGAAUGCAAGUAACCAUGAUGGGAUGAUAAGUUCUGGUCGUGGUGCUUUUGAUAGCGGACUGCUAGAUUUACUUGAAGGGAAACUUGCUGUUCUCCAGUUUCAAAUAAAAAUAAAAGAGGAACUGGAGGCAAUUGCUUCUAGGAUAGAAGCUAGAAAUGGCAUGCCUGAAUCUGUUCAAAAUGGAUUGAUACCUGACAGUAGUUCUAACACAGAUGCAAAUUUUUCACAUGCUUUACGAGAGAAGGCUAAAGAGUUAUCUUUAGAGUUGAAGAGUAUAACUCAAUUAUAUAAUGAAUAUGCCGUUCCUUUUGAGCUUUGGGAGAUAUGUCUUCAAAUGCUUUACUUUGCAAACUAUUCUGGUGAUGCUGACAGCAGCAUUAUCGGGGAAACCUGGGCUAGGCUUAUCGAUCAAGCCCUUUCUGGAGGUGGUAUUGCUGAAGCCUGUUCUGUGCUGAAGAGGGUUGGGUCCCACAUAUAUCCUGGAGACGGCGCUGUUUUACCUCUGGACACACUUUGCCUACACUUAGAGAAGGCUGCCCAGGAGAGGUUGGAUUCUGGGGUUGAAUCCAUUGGUGAUGAAGAUAUAGUAAGGGCUCUUCUUGCUGCUUGUAAGGGUGCAGCUGAACCUGUGUUGAAUGCUUAUGAUCAGUUACUAUCAAAUGGUGCUACUUUGCCUUCUCCAAACCUCAGGUUAUGCCUUCUUCGAUCAGUGCUAGUGAUACUUCGUGAGUGGGCAAUGUCUGUGUUUGCGCAGAGAAUGGGUACAAGUGCUACUGGAACAUCUUUAAUACUGGGUGGAGCAUUUUCUCUGGAGCAGACAGGAGUUAUCAACCAAGGGAUUCAAGAUAAGAUCACUAGUGCAGUGAACAGGUAUAUGACGGAGGUGCGGAGGUUGGCCCUUCCACAGAGUAAGACUGAGGCUGUUUACAGAGGCUUUCGUGAACUUGAAGAGUCCCUGAUAAGUUCCUUUACUUUUGAUCGAUUUUGAUUGCUUCUAGUUUAAUGUAUGUUGUUGUGUGGAAUGCUUUAGGUCAUGUUGUUCUUCGCAUAUAAACGAACGUAUCAAGAUAGAAAGGUUAGAUCUCCAAAAUUUCACAUAAUUUUAAUUGUCGAUCCAGUUUUUGGUACACUUUUUAUUGGUUUCCAUUUGAAUAAUGAAACUGAAGGAAAAAAAGAAAUGAAAUUGGGUCUCCGUUAGUGUCGAAUGCCGACUGUAGUAGUAAACCCAUAAUGGAAAAGUUUAUUCCAUUCUAACAUCCACACAGCAACAUUCUUAAAAAUAGUAAAAUUUGGUGCGCUGAGCUGCUUUUGUAAAGGCUGAAGACUUCCAACGUUCAAAAUUGAAUUUGAUGAGUUGGAUGGCAUUAAAGAAGUGGAUUGUCCUAUAAGACAGACACGAGAAUUGAAAGAUUGAAGAGUAACCCUUUGAGCGUAAGCAUUCUUGAAGCAAUUGGGGCAUUUUCCAUCUUCAACUUGGAUUCAGCAAGCUUGCUCUUUAUUUUUAUUGAGUAAUUUGAGUCAAUUGUGAGCUUAAAUUUUCCCUUGG